CACCACCACUGUCCCUGCCCUCGGAAUUAUAAACUCCAGUGUGUAUAAAACCCCCCACGGCAGCCUCCUCACCAAUCGCCCCGUCGUGCAUUUCCAUUUCCGCGCGCGUCACGGUCUCUCGUUGCGUUGCGUCGUCGAGCCCGGCACGUACGUAGGCAGUAGCUGGCGCCGGCGGCGGCAGGGGAAAGAAUGACGAUGCUGGGGCAGCCCCCGGUGCCGGUUCAGGCGUUCGGGGACACGACGCUGACCAAGGUGUUCGUGGGCGGGCUGGCGUGGGAGACCCACAAGGACACCCUCCGCGAGCACUUUGAGCGCUUCGGCGACAUCCUCGAGGCCGUCAUCAUCUCCGACAAGCUCACCGGCCGCUCCAAGGGCUACGGCUUCGUGACGUUCAAGGAGGCGGAUGCGGCGAAGAAGGCGUGCGAGGACGGCACCCCGGUCAUCAACGGCCGCCGCGCCAACUGCAACCUGGCUUCCCUGGGCGCCAAGCCGCGGACCCAGCAGCAGCAGCCGCACCUCCUCCGCCCCUCGCCGCCCGCCACCCCGGCGCCGCACAUGCCCGCCGCCCCUCAUCACGGCCACCACCACCACCAGCAGCCCGCGCCAGCAGCCAUCGUGGCCGGGUCCAGGGGCAUGUCGCCGGUGCCGUGGUACUACCACCCCUCCACGACGCCUCCUCCGCCGCCGCCGCCGCCCCAGGCGCCGGCGCACUACGGCCACGGCGCUCAUCCCCAGCACCAGUACCACGGCGUCCUCCCCUUCUAUCCCGCCGCCACCAACUACGGGUACUCCCCGAACUACGUCGCUGACUUGAGCUACAACGCGAAGCUAGGCCAAACGGCAGCGGCGCCUGGAGCGGCCGGGUCCUACAUGCAGGGGCACUUCCCCUACCCAGCGGCGGCGGCAGCGCAGGGCGGCAUGCUCGCGCCCAACGCCAUGAUGCCCGUGUACCCAUACUACCAGUAUCACUAUCACGGAGCGCAGGGGCUCGGCGUCCCGGCCGCGCACUUCUUCCCGCCGGUCUCCGCCGCCGCCGUCCCCACCGUCCCCGCCAUCAUCUCAAAGCCCACCGUCAUGGUCCCUCCCAAAGUGGAGCAGGUGGCGGGGUGCAGCUGAACUCACGGCGACGACGGCUCGAGGAAAUUAAAAUGGGGGGCCAAAAUUAAGGUGCUCGAUCCAUCUGCCUGGUGUUAACAAAGCACAAGAAGGGGCUCGUCCAAUUGCGGGACUAGCCUGCCUGCCGCCUAUUACAUUCGUUCAAUUGCCUCUCUCUAACUCGUGCGCCCGAUGGAGGGGGCGCACGCCCAGCAAAAAAGUCUGUAACAAAGAUUCAAUUCGUCUCUCGUUUACCGACGUAUUUCCAACGGUAAACCCUUCUUGCAAUUGUCUGUAGUCCAAAAUCGCUGCAUGGGACAGUGAACCUCAAUAAAUUCGUCGUACGUCAUUCUCUUGCGCUGA